AUGAUAGAGGAUGAACUGGUACAAUUUGAUAAAAGCAUAAAUGAAUUUUGGAAUAAAUUCUUCAACACUGCCAGUGAUACCUCCUGUCAGAUGGUGGCACUAAGAGAUGCCUACAAGGACUCCAUUAAAGCAUUUGCAGAAAAAUUAUCUUUGAAGUUAAAGGAAGAAGAUCGAAUGGUUGAGAUGUUUCUGGAAUAUAAAAACCAAAUCUGCAGACAGAAUAAGCUGAUUCAAGAAAAAAAGGAGAGCUUGUCAAAGUUGCUGGCUGAAGUUAAAUGCAAAAAACAGGAAAUACAAGUACUGACUGCCAAUAUCCAGGAUCUUAAGGAAGAAUAUGCUAAGAAGAAAGAAGCUAUAUCUACUACUAACAAAGCUAUAGAAGAGAGACUGAAAAGACUGCAGAAAUCUGCAGACAUAUAUAAAAACCGACUUGGACUAGAAAUUCGAAAAAUUUAUGGUGAUAAAUUGCAGUUUAUAUUCACCAAUAUUGACCCUAAGCAUCCUGACAGCCCGUUUAUGUUUUCUCUGCACUUGAAUGAAGCAGGGGACUAUGAAGUAUCGGAUAGUUCUCCCCAUCUUGAGUGCCUGGCAGAAUUUCAGGAGAAUUUAAGGAAGACCAACAAUUUUUCAGCCUUUCUUGCCAAUGUUCGGAAAGUUUUUACUGCUAUGGUUUAUAAUUAA